AUGAAACUAUCUACUACAGAUUGUUUAGUUGUAUUCUGUGUGAUCCAUCUAAUGGUUACAGAUCCUAUUUAUGCCGGUACCAAUACUGGAGGAGGUCAAAAAACUAGAUUACCAAAGAUUAGUGAAAGAAAGUUCAGAUGUUGCGAUGACGGUGCUAAUCUUUGUUUUGGUUACAAUGGGAAAUCUUUCAUAAGCUCAUUCUAUACAGGAAAUGAAGGAACCUAUUACAGUCCCAAGAUUAGAAUGAUGGUUGGCCUAAUCAAUUCGACCUGUAUCAAAUUUAAAAAAUAUGGAACUACUACAUCUUCUGGAAAAAAGUCAUAG